AUGCAGUCCGCUGUCCUUGCCUUAGCAGCAGCUAUCUAUAGCACUCAGGUCGCUGCCCAGUCUUUGAACUAUUACCCACAGUCAGGCACGAACCACACUGCACCCAACGAAGGUUAUGCCACUUUCAUGGAAGCCGAUCAGAGCCCAAACGCCUCCCACUCGGUCCAGUUCGCGCACUACGACACGAUAUUGGGAGACCCAAUGAACGACACAAUCUUGAAGAACUGGACGUGGACUGUCAAGGUCAGCGAUGUUUACAUGCCAAAUGCAUCGAUCUAUAAUGGAAGUCUGACGAAUGUUGCCUACACCACAUAUGACUUCUCCUGGCCAGAGCAGGGCUCCUUAAACAGUGCUCUGCGCGCAGAAGUCAAUGCCAGCCUCGGUGAAUACUACCCUUCAUGCGCCUUUCUUAUCACUGCGCACUUCCCGGAGCAUGUAUCGAAGAGAUGGGACGGCACCUCAGAUUGUUCUUCUGCACUGGGUUCGAAGUGCGUCGAGGCCUUGACGAACAGAAUUCAUGCUUCCGAAAACUGUGUCAGCUCCUUCCCAUCAGGCAACCCUGACUUUAUGACGGCCUGCGAGGACUCCUUUGGCUCUGUGAACAAUGAUGGAUGGGGCAUAGGAGGCACAGUCUUUGGUGAUGGCUCGGUCUUUACUACGAACCAGACCUCUUUGCAGAAGGUCCAGACCUAUGCGUACUAUCUCAGUCGGCCAUACGCUGCUGGCAAUUCGUCUGCGUUCGAAACUGUGGCAAACAAUGUCCAAGUACUGGCCUUGGCAGGUUCGCGCACGAAACUGCUAUGCAACCGUGCUGGUGAUGGAAAGCGUUUAACAAGUGCUGCGCCGAGUGGCAGAGACACAAGCCACAGUAUGACAGCCGUGUUAGCCGUCACCAUCGCCAUGGUGAUAUUGCUGUAA